ACUCAGUUGCGGCCAUGCCUUGGAAUCCGCUGCUCAUUUAAGCGGCUUGCCUGGCGGAAGAUGGGCGUGCGCUCAUGGCGCCGCCAAAGCGGCGCCAUGACGAGAACUUGGAGCCCAACAGGCCCGCACUGACGGGGAAGCGGGCCCGUCAAGGCAAACCGGAGCCCCAGCGGCCAGGCCCGAUGCUUGAGUGGAUCCAAAGGAACCGCGAGGCGGCCCUGGAGAGGAAGCGGAGGCACCAGGAUAUGCCGGCAAGUGCGACUCAGAGCGAGCCGCAAGCGCAGAAGGCCGAGGAGGACAUGCCGGCAAGUGUGCCUCGGAGUGAACCGCAAGCGGAGAAGGCCGAGGAGGACAUGCCGGCAAGUGUGCCUCGGAGCGAACCGCAAGCGGAGAAGGCCGAGGAGGACCUGCCGGCAAGUGUGCCUCGGAGCGAACCGCAAGCGGAGAAGGCCGAGGAGGACAUGCCGGCAAGUGUGCCUCGGAGCGAACCGCAAGCGCAGAAGGCGGAGAAGGAGGAAGCUGCUGAGGAGUCCAGUUCGAGUUCAGAGGACUCCAGCGAUGAGGGCACAAGCUCCACUUCGUGCACAAGCCAAACGAGCGCAGGUGAGAGUGGAAGUGAUGUUGAAGAUGAGGAGCCUGAGGAGGAGGCGGAGGAGGUGGAUGAAGAGGAGGAAGAGGCUUUUGAGAAGGAGAAAGAGGACGAAGAGAAAGAGGAGCAGGAGGAGAAGGAGGAGGAAAGCGAGGACGAGAACCUGCCGAAGGUGCGCGGCGUUUGUGCCCCCCGAGGGGAGCCGCCCUGCUGCACCGAGCGCUGGCCCGCUGUACAACUACAGCCCCUGACGCCAGGCAAGGUGUUGGUGCCCAAGAAGGAGCGGAACGCCAAGCAAAAGCUGGUGGCGACGCUUCUCUGCCGCUGGUGGUACGUGCUGCCUGACUGGCCCCCCCGAAGCUUCGACUAUGACGCGGCGCUGGCCCGGCGAGGCUAUCGCCAGGUGCCGGUGGAGGUCUUUGAGUCAGAGCCGGAGGGGGAGUUGAGGAAGUGCUUCCCCCUCUCCGGCGGCUAUCGGGGCCUCUUUAGAGACGAGCAGGGCCUUCUCAUCGAUGUUCGGCCUGUGGAAGGGCGGCCCUCCUACGACCAGCUGAUGCUGAGGAGCACCCCGGAGCUUCAUCAGCUGGUGGUGCUGGCUUACACGCGUCAGUUGGAGGAGCUUGAGUCCGUCCCCCUUACGGCGACGGUGGAGGCGCAGCGCGGCCAGCUGCAGACGGAGCUGAUGCAGGCAAAGCAGCAGGCGAGGUUCAGCGGCAUGUUCAUGAAGACCAGCCAGUGAGGCGGAGCUGAGGCCAGUGGCUUCCAUGAAGCCGGGAAAGGCGAUUGGUAUCCCGCGGUGAUUCGAGUUUCCCACGGUUUUUGCCACUCGAUCUUUCCGCAGCGAAAGGCUCUAGGUUUCCUCGAGUUUUCGCGCUGUCAUGAACCUCUGCCAAGCACGCUAGGGAAGCCACUUGAAGCCGAAUUCGUCGCAGAGCCAUCGCAGAGGUCCCUAUAUG